AUGUCAGCUUUAUUCAAUAUCGGGGCGCCGCAAGGCACCCGUCGGAGAUCGGUGCGGUCUUCUCAACGAGCAGCAUAUAUGUUUCCGGUGCAAGUGUCCGCCAAUGUCCCACUGCAAUCGGCCGAAUCUUCUGCAGGACUACAAGGACCUCCGGAAGAGGGUUUCCUUCCAGCACAGUCGGCUCCUCAUAGGGGAGCAACUCAUGUGCACCGUGGUCCGUCUGCAGCCACACCGGUCGAACCAGCAAUGAAUACUCAGCGUGCUUCAAUACUGAAAAGGAUGGGUAGAACGCGUUCCCAGCCUCAGGUACUGGCGGCCCACGAGAUGCUGCCCAAUACACAGAGCUCAGCUCCUGUGAGGUAUGGUGGAAUGCCGGUCCAAGCCGUUAUACCAUGGGAUGGAGUCUGGCGCUACACGAUGUUGGAUGAGCAGGUGCUUACCUUGCCUGGGAUCCUCCAGUCAUUGAAAGGCAUUGCCACAAAGGAUCCAUACACCAUGAAGGACAUGCAUUUGAUUUUAGGUCGCAUAAUUACCAAGGCUGUCCUGACUCAUAGCGGAGAUGGAUUUCUUGACCAACAUCGUAUGAGCACUUGGUACGAUAUCGUCGGGCACGUCGUCGACUGGAGUGUUCGCCACAGGUGGAAUGAUGAGAUUUCCGUGCUAGCCAAAUUCACCAAGUUGCUUAUGGCACGUCACUUCCUCACAGAUGUCAUAUUGGUCAACGGCAUCCGUCGUCUCUAUGGCAAGUAA